CAUACCGCUUGAACAAUGAGCCGGGUCCAGCGGUGCUUUGAGUCUCUGGCUUCUGCUGGCUUCCUCCGUCACCACCUUUCCGGUAACCAACUGGAACUACUCUCUCACGGUCGCGCCUACGCCGAACAGCUGCAGAAGCAGUGGCUGAGCCUGCGUCCCUUGGCUGCCCACUUAAGUGGUAUUUCCGAGAUAGGUUCCACGUCACCACUUGAGCAGCGCUUCUCCUUUGCCCGCACCACGGAAUUUAGUUCCCUUAUUCAGCGUCUCCAAAAAGAUCAUCCUCGUAAGGCAAAAUGCCCAACGGUCAUCAAGCAUAAAAGCAAUUCCAGUUCCUUCUGCCUUCGCGGGAAUCCGCUCUUCAGUGUUAAGUCGCCCGCCACCAUUCUAACAACCGACUUUCUGGUGGAGCCGGACCGCGCUCUGGAGCACUUCUACAACAUUCAACGCGAGAGCAAGAUCUGGUGGAUGCGUCUCUCCUCGAAUCCCAGUCGCAUCCGCAUCGUUCCCUGCGAUUUGCCAGAGGAAUUCGAUCCGAAGAGCUAUCAAGCCAUCGAUCUCAGAUCGCAGGCCGGCGAAGUGACCGUAGAGGAACUGAGCAUGGUGAGACUUGGCGGCGAUGAUGGACCCUUCCGCUUACCGGAUGGACGGACAGGGGAAUCUGUGCAACCCACUGUUAUAAGAUCUGUCAUUGAGCUGGAGACGGCCACUUGCGCACUUCUUCUGGACGGAUGCGAUCACGAACGAGACGCUCAAUCCCUACUGCUCAAUUGCGCCCUGGCACCCUAUCAAUGUGGGAUCGCUUGCUUGCUGGAGGAGUCGGGGCUCUCGGGUGACUUGGACGACCUCUGCCUUCAUCUUAAGCACGUCCUCAAUCACGCUGGUCUGCGACUGUGCCAAGGCAAGGGAUUUUUCGCAGCCAAAGAUAAUGGGCAUCUGGCGGAUCACUUUGCAGAAUCAGAUAUGCUCGGAGUGCCCUAUACCUUGGUCGUAAACGAUCAGACACUAAAAAACGGAUUGAUGAAACUGCGUAGCAGGGACACCAGACUGUCGGAGACCAUACACAUAAGCGAUGUACCAGACUAUUUGUUAAAUAUAUUUAAAAAAUGAGAAACAAACAGCUACAUGAAAUCGCACAGAUA